UUCGUCCCAUUUAGAAAUCUCACCAAGAGAUAAAAGGAGCUUUAUGUAAUUUAUGAGGAAUCAGGUCCCUUUUCAUUUCUCUCUCUAAAUUUCGACAAUAGUCAAGUCCAGGAGUGGGAACUUCUCUCCAAUAAUAGGAGUUGCAGGUGGCACGCCAUGCCAAAGCAUGCCCUGUCCCUCUAAUGUUUAUCCCUUGCAUUGUUAGGGUUUUUAACUUAAUUUAUAAUUUAGGGAAUCAGAAUGAAUUUGUUGUAGGCGAAGCUAUAACCGUUCUCCGUUGCUUCAAUUCAAUGUCUCGGAGUUGGAUGAACUGAAAAAUUGGCAAUUUGGACAAAGUAGGGAGAUGGGUGAGGCAAGUGAAGAAAGAAGUGGGUGCGUGCUUGGAGACAGGCCCACGAGCGAUGUGGUGGUGAGGCUUCGAACAAAAGAUGGGAGGGAUGAGUGGUUUUAUUGCCACUCCCACAUCUUGACCGCCAAGUCCACCUACUUUGCAGACAGGCUCUCAGAUGCUUGGCCCACUUGCCAAAUCCUUGACUCCCGAAAUUGCGUCGAGGUUCACUGCCCUGACUCCGACUACGAUCACCAUGUCUCCAUGCUCCGCCUCCUCUAUCUUCCUGAGGAAUCUGUGACUGAAGCAUGGCACAGUGUGCGCUCGACGCUUGGCAUCCUUCGAGCUGCUCUUUGUCUAGGCUGCACACACAUAGUCAAUGGGUGUGUGGAAUACUUAGAAGCAGUCCCUUGGGAAGAAGCAGAGGAGGAUGAAAUCUUGGAAGUCAUUCCAUCCCUCGGGCCUCGAGCAGAGCCCGUUCUGGCCCGGCUUCAGCCUGUUGAGCCCAUUGUCCGUAACCGGGUUUUCCUCUCAGCCUUGCGACUAGCCACUUCACGGAACCCUUGCGAGCCUAAGUCCACUGCUCAGGAACAGCUUGAUUACAUGCUGACAGAUGAUGAUGACCUACCCCUUGUAAAACCUGAUGGUCAAAUAAAGGUGGAGAUUCAAAAGUGCAUGGAUGACCUCUUUGUGAGGUUCAGUGAUGGGCUUAGCUCGACGCUUAGAAAGCCUGAGGACUCGUUUGAGGCCUCAGAGGUUCAGUUACUAGGGGAUUUGGCAGAUCUUGUUUGGGCUUGUAGGGUUUUGCCCAAGUUGGACAUGAUGAAGGGGUUCGUACAUGAGUGGUAUACGGUCUCAGACGAGGUCUUGAGGUUGGUAGGGUAUGAGAGGUUGGCCUCUUGCGCAGGCGUCAUGAAGCUAAAGGUGAUUGAGGUGGCGGCUCGGGUUUUGGAAGCUGUUGCAUAUGGAACAGUCAUAUUGCCUGCACCUAAACGGCUCAGGUUGGUGAAGACAUGGCUUCCCUUUGUUAGAAAAACAAAGCCCGAGCUUGACGUGGAGGCAGAUGGUGAGAAAGAGGGGGAAAAAGAGAACCAGGGGGUUUGCAAGAUGGAUGCUGAACUUUGUCAAAGCAUUGAGUCUGCCUUUGUUUCUCUCGUGCUUGCACUUCCGUCUGGGGACCAAGCUGAUAUAUUGGCUGAUUGGCUCAAGGAUGAUCAGGUUAGAUUCCCAGACCUUAGUGAGGCUUUUGAGGUGUGGUGUUAUAGAUCCAAGAAGGCCAAAAGGAGGCUAUCAUUGGGCUUGAGUGGCUCGGCCACUGGCACCGCACUAAGUCACUGAUUGCGAUGAUGGGAUAGGAUGGUCCUUUCUAGUUUAUUGGUUGUUUGGGUUUUGGGCAAGCCAUGAUCUAACCGAGAUUUGCUGCUUGCCUGUUCAAGCACCUGAACCUGGAGGCGUGGGAUUGUAUAUAAUUUAUAUGAUUGAUGGGUCUUAAUUUCUUGGGAAAUGAGGGAGAGCAUCUUUUUUAUUUUGAUAAUUGCAGUGUUAUUUAUUCGUUAAGAGGAGAGUUCUAAAGGUCAGAUGGAGAAAUUUUAA